ACAUUUCAGCUUACGAUUACAUACAAAAGAUUAUUUUAGUGGUGGAUUUUCGGGACGCGGAUCUCAUGGGUUUCAUCACGGGUGUUAAUUUCAUGGAACUGGGGAAUAAUUUGGCGGUAUUGCUGGAAGGCUACGGAGUCCGCCCACAAAAUAUAUUCCUGAUCAGUGAUUCCAAGCUCAUUGCCACAUUGAUGGGGAUAUUGAAGACAAUAUUAAAGCCUAAGAUAAUCCAGAGGAUCCAGGUGAUCAGGAGCCACGAGGAGCUGCAUGAUGCUGUGCCGAGGGAGAUGCUGCCGAAAGAUUACGGCGGGGAGGCGUCAACGUUGAAAGAACACCAAGAGAAAUGGAUAGAGGCGCUGUCGUCAGAAGACUGCGUGUCAGUGCUGCGAACGAUGGAUGACUGUCGCACGGACGAGGCGCGUCGCACCGCGGGGCAGUUCAGCGAACACUACGCUGGACUCACUGGCACCUUCAGAUAUCUGAACGUCGAUUAGUA